AUGAUUUCGUAUGCUGGUAGUGGUGAAGAGCCUCCCCAGGGCAAGCUUCUCAAUGUACACGUGGAGGCGUUGAAUGACGUCGAUAUCGCAAAUGAGUACUGGGAAGAGCUCUUUCACCAAGCCGGACCCCAACGGCGUUUACCAUGCUUUCCCAUCGAAUACCAACAGCCUCGCUGCAAGUCGACACUCACUAUUCCCGAUGCGCUGUUUGAGGCUACUCUUUGGUUCUGCAAGAAGUACAAUGUUUGUCUUCACCAUGUGUUUUAUGGCGUAUGGGCUAUCGUAUCUGCGCGUCAUAUGGCAGAUGGCCAGCGCACAACCGUUUUCGCCGUGGCUGACCGGGAUCGCCCAAACCCCGGUCAAGAUGAAGAGAUCGGAGUGCUAGACCACGACUUUCCUCUGGUUCUCCAGCUUCCCCAGGAUAUGGAGGUUCUAUCGUGGAUUCGCCACGUUGGAACGGUUAGCACUGAAGCGUCCUCCCAUGCACACAUUGGUUACAAAAACAUCCUUGCGAAAGCCUCGGCACACGAUCCCCAGGUCAAAAUUUCCAUCAGCUUGCCAGGGAAUGGCCAAGAAGCCGUUGACGCUGGAGAUGAAUUCUUUCCGCUCGUCCUCAAUAUCCGUAUCUCAACAAGCCUCAAAUUCAGUCUAUGGCACAACUCGACCGUUCCCGAGAGGGACAUUCGCGUGCUACUGGACCAUGUCGCGUCUACACUGCAAGAGACGAUGGACAGCUAUCAUCACUCAAACAUCUCGGAGUUCCAGAUCACGUCACCAACGGAGAAGCAACUACUUCAAGAAUAUGCAAACAACAGCGGCUUGAUGCAUCGCCUGAUCGAACAACAAGCUAAACUAACACCGGAUGCCGAGGCAGUGCAGUUUGAACAGGAUCAACCACUCAAGUUUUCAAAGCUAAACGCUCUGUCAAAUCAAUUAGCCCGACGGAUACGAUCAUUGGGAGCUCCCAUUGUACCGGUACAUAUGCACACAUCAGUCAACUUCAUUGUCGCACUAUUGGCCAUCUUGAAAGCCGGUGCUGCGUACGUUAUUUUGGAUCCGAAUGCCGGAGCAGCGCGCCGGUCCUACAUCAUCAAGGACGUUCAGGCGGAUUUCAUCUUGGUGGACGACAACACAGCAGGCGAGUUUUAUAAGGAGUUCAACGUCGGUGAUCUACUCGCGCAGUCAACGGGCUAUGAUGAAGGUGACCUCGUGACGGAUCAGCGUGUUAGUGACCUUGCAUACAUCAUCUACACAUCCGGUUCUAGUGGGAACCCCAAGGCAGUACAGCUUGAGCACCAAGCCGCGUUCAAUGGCCUGAAGGCUUUCCCCAGGAUUGCAAAUCUCCGUCAACUGCUCUUCUAUAACCCUGUCUUUUCAGCGGCGCAGAGAUCGAUUUGGGCGACUCUGAGUGUAGGUGGCUGUCUGUGCCUGGCCUCCAAGGAGAAUAUCACAGUGCAUUUGGCGACGACAAUCAACACCAUGCAAAUCAACUCAAUUGAUAUGACCUCAACAACCGCAACACUGGUCUCACCUGAUGAAGUGCCCCUUCUCCAACGACUAGUGCUGGGUGGUGAGAUGGUCAGUUCGACUGUGAUCCAGAGAUGGGCACAUCGAGUGGAGCUCUUUUCGUCCUACGGCCUCAGCGAAUGCACACAACUCAAUUGGCGUUGCAGAUUAUCAAGUGAUUCCAAUCCUCGGAAUAUUGGACAACCUUCUGACACAACGACAUCAUACAUUCUCAUCCCUGGAACCGUCAAGCUCUCACCUCUACUCGUCCCUGGCGAGUUAUGUCUUGGAGGCGCACAGCUUGCGAGAGGGUAUUUGAAUCUCCCAGAAGAAACAAAUAAGCGCUUUAUCGACAACCCAUUUGGCCAUGGCAGACUCUACCGGACAGGCGACAUGGCGGUUCGUCACGCCGACGGGUCCAUAGAAAUGCUGGGACGGAUCGAUUUCCAAGUCAAAAUCAAUGGACAGAGAAUUGAUCCCGGCGAGCCGAACUCGGUGAUCCAAGCGCAUGAGGAUGUUGAACAAUCCGCAGUGGUUCCGGUUUCUGUGAAAGGGAAGAUGCUUCUUGUCGGUGUCAUUGUCAGUCGUACUGAGUGCGAGUGGGAUCCUCUUGUCGAAAGUCUUCGCUCAUUCCUCCAAUCGAGAAUACCUUCUUACAUGGUACCGAGUUUCUGGGUCUCCAUUCCUGCAAUGCCACGCAAUGCCAAUGGCAAGAUUGAUAUGCAAGCGGUCCGAGUUAUUGUUGAGCGCCUGCGCGAUUCAGGACAGUUAUUGCCGCAUCGUUCCAAGACCGAAACAGAUGCCAGCGCACUCACUCAGGACGAGCAUAUAGUGAGAAAGCUCUGGGCAGAGCUUUUGUCAAUGCCAGAGUCAGAUAUUUCCCUGGGUGACUCAUUCGUUUCGUUGGGCGGCACAUCGCUUGAAGCCAUCCAGGUUGUGUCAAGGCUUCGAUCUGAGCAUUCUCUAAACUUGAAGGUCGAUGAGAUUAUUCUUGGCACCUCGCUCUCUGCUGUUGCUCGCCUUGCCGAGAAGCUAGACGAAGGGAUCAGCAUGGUAGAUCGAUCAACUCCAUUUGCACUUCUUCGUGAACCUCUUUCCUCGGCAGAUCUGAACAUCGAACUUUCAGAGAUCGAAGACGCUUAUCCAGUCACACCUUUCCAAGAAGCAGCCAUCGCAAACACGGUCAUGGGUGACAACAGCUACAUCUAUAGCCGUUCUUACAGCUUUGAAGGACAUGAUGUGGCUUUGGUGAAAGCGUCACUGGACUCCCUGGCAAAGUCUCAUGCUCUUCUUCGGACAACCUUCGUCGCAAAAGGGGUGUCAUUUCUACAGGUGGUCAAGAAGGCCGUGGAACUGCCGUGGGGAGCCUCUACAUUGAAUGUCAGAGAUUUUAUGGAACACGGAGCAUCAGAUCUGAUGUAUCCUGGCGAUCUUUGGUGGAGGGCAACUGUCCUGCCGGGGAACAUUCUAGUCCUCACCACUCAUCAUGCUCUCUUCGAUUACUGGUCCAACGAAUUCUUUUCGCAAGAUCUCACAUCUCUCUUACUUGGAACUCAACCAAUUCAGCGACCUUCAUAUAGACGUUAUGUCGAGCAUUUGCAGCAAUAUGACGAUAAUGCCAUGGCGGCAUUUUGGAGCAAUUAUCUCGAUGGAGCCAAGCCUAGUCCACUUGGGCCCUCUGGAAGUCCUGAGAGCGCAGUCACAGCCAACCUCAACUUCGAUUUCCAAAGUAUCGCUUCCAAGCUCGGCAUUACACCAAGUGUGCUGUUGUAUGCUGCUUGGUCGGUUGUUCUGUCUAUUGCUGGCUCUACUGAUGAUGUCGUCUUUGGUGUCACACUGUCCGGGCGAGAUGCCCCAGUUCCAGGUAUCCUUGAGAUGACUGGGCCUACUCUCAUGAUUGCUCCACUCAGAGUCAAAGUCAACAAAGCGCAAUCUUUCAAAGCUCAUCUGAAGAGUGUGCAAGACAAUCUCUGGGGUAUCGCGAAGAAUGCUCAGUACGGGUUACGCCGCAUACUCAAAACAACCGGACAACCAAAAGACCUCGUGGGAUCCAUGGUGAACUUCUUGAUCAAACCCCCCGUGUCUCGGCCGGCUGGAGGAUUAGCGUUGCUGUCAGAGAAGAACCUUGGUUCAGUUGAAAAUGUCAAGAUUGAGAUCAACAAAGAAAGUAUGGAUUGCGUGACUUUGGUCUCUUCGCUUGAUAGAGAAUUCGCCCAGGCUCUUGUUGACACGGUUGCGAUUGUUCUGGAAUCAGCAUCAUCUGCGCCACUUACGGAAAUCGGACAUUGGAAUUUGGUGCAACCAAUAACCGAAUCCGCAGGCGAUCUGGAAUCCGCAGGUGAUCUUGUAUCCGAGGAUCCUCAUUCCAAGCUCAUGGAGGGCCUACAAAACCAAGCGGAGAACGUCUUGGUUGGGUCCGAUGAAGGGGACCGACUUCAGACACCGAGCAGAGAGCAUCUCGAAUUGGCACAUGCAGCAUUUCAGAGGAUGGCUGCAUCUCAUCCAGCUAAGAUAGCCGUGCAAGAUGCGUCAGGGAAUCAGAUCACAUACGCUGGAUUGGCUAUCAAGGCCAAUCAACUCGCUGGCUUAUUGAGAGCUAAGGGUAUCCAACUUGAGCAAAUUGUUCCCAUCAUGUUUGAAAAGUCUAUCAACACCGUCGUGGCCGAGUUUGGAAUCCUAGUCGCUGGCGGUGCCUUCUUGCCUCUCGGACCAGAGAACCCCCGGGAAAGAAACUUGGGAAUUCUCGAUGACUUGGAAGGCAAAAUUGCUAUCGCAGAUCGAGCCAACGCCGCUUUCUUUGCGGAGGCUGCCUUCGAAGUCAUUGUGCUCGAUGAUCUGGAAUGGGAUACCAUGCCAAUCGAGAGACAUGAUGUGCCCGGCCUGACGCCCGACAGCCUCGCAUAUGUUAUCUACACCUCUGGCAGCACUGGAAAGCCGAAGGGAACGCUUUUGACGCACGGGGGUGUCUCAGUGGCGGCCCAGGCAAUCAAUGAAGCAACGAAGACAGAGAUUUCGCACAGGUUUUUAUGGGUUCCAAACUAUACCUUUGACGGUUCUCUUGACACGCUGUUCACAGCGCUCUCCAGUGGAUGUACACUGUGUGUUGCUCCACAGAGCGUUAUCGCAUCCAACCUCACCGGAUUGAUCAAUUCAAUGCAGGUCAACCGAGCCAAUAUGACACCUUCGAUGACCGCACUCAUCAAUCCGGCGGAAGUUCCGACUUUUGAGAUUCUGAUCACCGGAGGAGAAGCCAUCACUCCGCAGGUGUUGGCCGCAUGGAUGCCGCGCGUGAAGAUCUAUAACGCAUACGGACCGACUGAGGCAACCAUUUCUAUCACUACCACGCCUGUUCAUCCAGAGAUGAAUCUGCGUAAUGUCGGUAGACCUUUCAAGAGCGUCACUGCCCUGGUCCUUGAUCCCGAGACAAUGGACGCAGUGCCUAAUGGCAGCGUCGGUGAGCUUUGCCUCUCGGGUCCGCAGGUGGCGAGGGGGUACUUGAAACGCCCUGACGCCACGGAGCGCGCAUUUGUUGACAGGCCCGAGGGAAGGGUCUAUCGCACUGGAGAUCUUGCAAGGAUAUUACCCAAUGGUGAUAUUGAAUUGUUCGGACGCAAAGAUGACCAAGUCAAGAUCAACGGUUACCGAAUUGAAUUGGGCGAGAUUGAAAGUGUUGUCAUGAGAACCAGCAUGUUUGAUGCGUGCAUUGUCAUCUGCCCAACGGUUUUGAAGAAAAAACAACUUGUUGCAUUUUAUUCGAAAUCUGUUGGAGAAACAAGGGAAGCGAGGUCGGAAACAGACCUGCUUCUGCCCCCUGGACAACUGCUUGAUUUUGAUCAGCUCAAGGGCCAACUCACCACUAUACCGAGCUACAUGAUUCCCACUAUUUGGCUCCCUGUGAACAAGUUCCCAUUCUCAGUUGCUGGAAAAGUCGACAGGAAGCGUUUGCAAGCUCUGGUUGAAGGUAUGGCUGACGAUUUACUCAAACAAUACCUACCCAAGGAAGUGAAAUCAGUCAUCACCACCGAGACGGAGCUCAAGCUACAGGCAAUGUGGUCGGAGCUUUUUGGAACAUCGACAGACCAGAUCCACGCCAAUUCCUCGUUCCAUGCUUUGGGUGGAGACUCCAUCUCUGCUCUGAACCUUGUCAGCAUGCUCCGUCGGCAAGGGUACGAGACCAAAGUCAGCGAUAUCUUGUCAAACAAUACAUUGAGGCAACAAGCAGCAUUACUGGAGGAAAGCAUCGAACCAGAUACUACGUUGGUUACGCAGCAGAUUCAGUACGAGGCAUCUGACGCAGUGUGGAAGCGACUGUCCCAGAUUGGCGUUCCGAAAGACGAAAUUGAAGACAUUUACCCUUGCAGUCCUGGCCAGAUUGAAUUCUUGACUCAAGGGAAAAAACAACAGCAGUUCUGGCAACUCAUGGCCGUUAGAGAGCUGCCCAAUGACUUUGACUUCGAUCGCUGGAUACAACUCACGACCCAACUCACGCAAAACAGCCAGAUCUUGCGUGCUUUGUAUGUAUACGCCGAAGAAGGCAACGUGCAGACGGCUCUCCAAGUUGUGCUCAAGUCUCCAACACUCAACCUACGGUACAAGUCAUUCGAUACCGAAGAGGAGAAGCAACAAAUAUUGGCAGCGGAGUGGGAAGAACUCUUUGACCCGAGUAAGCCGUUUGUCAGAUACACAUGUCUUGUCAACACGGGAGAUGGCACCAAGCACCUUGUCAUCAAGCUCGAUCAUGCUUCGUAUGACGGAACACUUUUACACAUAUUUGAUGACCAGUUCAAAGCCCUGAACAAAGACUUGGCGAUUCCGAAGCAUACACCCUUCAAGGACUUUAUUGGCCAUAUUCUUUCGACGCCAAAAAAACCUCAGCUUGAUUACUGGGUGCAUCUACUCGAAGACAAAACCUUUGAUUUCCCUUCCCAUGUGGCCCACCCUCAGAUCUCAAAAACCGAGAUGGCCAAAGUCAGCACUUCUGUUGGCAUUGACGAUCUUGCCAGUUCCAGUGGUGUCACCGUUCCAAUUGUCUUCCAGACUGCCUUUUCUCUUUUAUUGGCACACAUCACCGGGACCCACGAUGUCAUCUACGACAAUCUGAUCACUGGACGCAACGUACCCCUGGACAAUCCCCAACUCAUUGAUGGGAACUGUGCAAACUUCCUACCUUUCCUCGGCCAUCUAGCCGAAGACCAGCCCAUCGAGUCAUUACUCAAAGAGACACAAGCGGCUUUCUGGACCUCAACGGAAAAUGGGCUCGUAUCGCUUGGCGAAAUCUACAAUGCCCUAGGACGUGAUCGCUCUACGUCGGCCGCCAAGUGUCUCUUUUGCUUCCAGCCCUUUGAGGCCGCGCCAACCAAGCAGGAUCCUAUGCGCUGGAUCGUUAUGAAGAUGAGUAAGAAUACUAUGUUCUUCAAUUACGCCAUUCAGUUGGAGGUCGUCAGGACUGCCACAAAGGGUGAAUACAUGAUCCGGUUUGGAUAUGAUGGAAGGGCGUUUACGGAUGAGGAGGCGAGAGUGGCCUUGGACUGGUAUAUUGGGUGCUUGGGUGGAAUGGCGACAAGAACUUUCCUUAAGGAGUUGGGAAUGUAA